CAUCGCCAACCAUUAUAUUCUUUCCCUUCCCGCCACCACUACCACUCACUCGCCUUGAACUAGAUCAUUAUCGUCAUAUCAUGGUGGGCACCUCCCAGUGAACGAUUUCUCUCCCCCCCGACGGUCCCCACCGCCCUCCUUUCAGCCGCAAGAUACCUCGUCAUGGCACGUUGGCCCCGGGCCUUGACCCUCAGCCAUGCUGCCAGUUCGACCUCGACCAUGCUCUUCUAUAUCUCCUUGAUCUCCAUCGCUCUCUCGACCGUCGCUCGCGCUCACACAGUCUCCCUUCUCCCAUCUGCCGCCUCGUCCGACUUCCCCUCAUGUGCUUUGACCUGCUCGGUCUUAAAGGAGGCCCAGAAUGAGUGUGUGCCUCCCGUCGCCGCCCAGACCGAUCAUGCGACCUACGUCUCGUGCUUCUGCCAGUCAGCUCUGCUCGACCAGAUCCAUUUUCCGACUGGGAUCUGCACAGAAAGCUGCCCCAGUGCGUCGGAUCGUGCGUUGAUCCGGACAUGGUAUGACGAAUUUUGCUCGUCCGAGGACACCCUCGCCGCAAGAGACACCACUACCUCCAUUUUCGCGAGAGAUGCGCGCUCCCAGACCUGGUGGACCACCCACUACCAGUGGGUGAUCAUGGUUAUUGUCCUGGUGGUCGCGUUUUCCGUCAUCACCGUCGUGGGCGUCUGGCUCAAGCGUCGCCAUGACCGAAAAUACCCUGGCCUCUACCACGCUACCAACACGGCAGGAACGGAUAGCGCACUGUUGGCAGCCCGUCAGCAGGACAACAGUCCCUCACCUCAACCGGGACCUCCCCCACAGGGCUCGUUCAGACCCGGCCGAUUCGAUCCCACGUUAAACUCCGAGUCGAUUGCCAGCAGUUCGCGCACCAAUAUCACCGCUCCGACGACCCGGCCCGCUCGAAGUUCGUCGCGUCUACAGAAGGCCCAGCCAGUCCCGGAGGGCGAUAUCGAAAUUCGCGAAGUUCACCGGUGAUCUCCGUGCAUGAUUACGGUUUCUUUCUUUUUGUUGUUUGCUUUUUCUCUUUUACUUCAAGUGUCAAUCUUUUCCUACUUUGAGAGCGGGAGAAAUGCGCCGUUCACAGCUUUAGUACCGGCAUGACGUGGGUAAAUCCAGUCGGGAAACAAAUCCGCGCAGCUCGCGAAACAAACUUGCAUAUACCUGGCGUUCACGUGUUUGUGGGGUUC